AUGAGCACGCACAAGGACGACCCGACUGUCAUCACGACCACCGACCGCUUCCCGCACGGCCAGCAGUUCGUGCCGCUUGAGGACGACGUGAACGGCCAUGGCCCGCAGCGCGUCGCCCUCGUCACGGGGGCGGGCCAGGGCAUCGGCCGCGCCAUCGCAGUACGCUUGGCGAAGGACGGCUUCGACAUGGCGCUCAGCGACAUCCACUCCAACCGUGAACGCCUGCAGCAGACCGCGGACGCGAUCAAGUCUGAGGCAGGUAGGAGAGUCAUCACGGUGUACGCAGACGUGUCGAAGGAAGACGACGUGAAGGCGAUGGUGGACAGGGUGGCUGAUGAGCUCGGAGGGCUGGACGUGAUGGUCGCGAACGCAGGCAUGGCCGUCCUGGAAGACGAACCUGCCAACAUGGAGAGGACAUUCUCAAUCAACGUUUAUGGCGUCGUGCUCUGCUACAAGUACGCCGCGAAACAGAUGAUCAAGCAAGGCCGCGGCGGACGGCUCAUCGGCGCUUGCUCCAUCGCAGGCAAGCGUGGCGAUCCAAACUCUGCGGCGUACUGCGCAAGCAAGUUCGCCGUGCGCGGCCUUUCGCAGAGCGCAGCGAUCGAGCUUGCGCCAUACGGGAUCAACGUGAACUGCUACGCACCAGGGGCCAUCCAUACGGAGUUCUUGGACAAGGUGGAUGAGAAGUACACGGAGGAGGAAGGCAAGGAGCGAGGCGCGUACAUCAAGCAGCGCGCGGAGGCGAUCCCACUGGGUAGAGUGGGCCAGCCUGAGGACAUCUCUGGUGUCGUCUCCUUCCUCGCCGGCCCCGACUCUAAAUUCAUGACUGGCCAAGCUAUCACCGUCGAUGGAGGCACACUCUUUGACUAG